GGCAGGUGGGUGAAGGCACCAAAUAAAAGCUGAUCACAACAGCAGCUACUUAACGAUCAGAAAAUCAGGCAAGAAGCAAGCAUCUGCAAGUAUAUGAUCUACUUCCUGUCAGGAAAGAAGACAAUGGCAGACAUAGUGAAAGCUACACAAUCAAUUUCCAGGGCUGGGGAUUUCAGCGAUGACACCAAAAUAAUAAUGCAGCCAUAUGCUAACUGGGAGGAGUACUUGGUACCUGGCCCAGUCUCCGUAGCCAUUCUGGGGGAGCUGAUAUUUAUCUCUUCCAAUGUAGAUUUCUCCAUUGGCCAAAAGCCUCCACAAGGUGGCUUUAAGUACAUCAAGUACCCAGAUUCAUUCCGUGCCUGUCUUAUGCAAGUUGCUAAUUCCGGAUGGGCGGCAUUCAAUGAGGCUCACAAAAACAUGGACCAGAUUCGUCUCCACACUGCCAAUGUGCCAACUUACAUCAAGACUUCGGUCAAUGUUUUAGUGCAAGACAAUGAUGAGCUGGUCCAAACCGUCCUCCCUGACCAACUGGAGAACAUAGCUACUAUAUCAAAUGAUUGUGCAAGAUUGGCUGAGCAAACUGAGGGAAAGUUCUCCUUUGUUAUUUAUCUGAUCCAAGAACUUUUAGAAGCUUGUGUAGGUGCAAAGAAGGUAUAUGGUGAUGAGCUGGAGAAUGUCAAGCGCAAAAUUGAGGAGACAAAAAUGAUGAAGGAGUAUUCAGAGCAAGCCAAUGAAAGGGCACAGAAAAUUCAGAAAAAUAUUUGAAUUUAUUGUCUUUCUAAGGAGGCAGAUCUGAACUGAUGAAGUUGAAAGGAAAUAAAACAUGGCCCAAAAUGAACAUGUGUUCCAAACAGGUGUUCCAAUCACAUAGCCUCAGUUGUAUAAAAUCAAGCACCUAGGCAUGCAGACUGCUUCUACAAACAUUUGCGAAAGAAUGGGUCGCUCUCUGGAGCCAAGUGAAGUCAAGCGUGGUACCGCGAUAGGAUGCCUCAUGUGCAAUAAGUCCAUUUGUGAAAUUUCCUCACUACUAGUUCAGCCCCAUUGCAGUUAAAGUCUCGAGAUGCUUAUAACAAAUUCAUACAUUUCUUGACAACUUACUAGUAGAUGUUCAACACAGAAAACAGUAUGCUGAAAAGAGGCCUGCCUGGUUUUUACUGUUGUGCCCCAGGCCUGCUGAAACAGCCCAGGGGCCCCCUGACCAAGCUCAUGUGCCUCUGCCUGCAGUUCAGACUUGCCUUCUCAGAUAACAAUUUCCUGGAAACCUUUUUUUUCUACUUUGUUGACAACCUGUUUGGCUUUUUUCUGCCAAAAUGGCAUUAUGCUGUAUCAGAUCAUUAUUUUGAUAAUGAGUUACAUCAGUUCAGACUCGCCUGGCACUUAUUUGUUAGAAUCGAGUUAUAUUCUUUUUCACAAUACAAAUGACUAAUAAAGAUUUUCAUUUCCAAUUAAGCAUUUGAAUCGAAGGAUUUAAGAAUUUCAUGUACUAGAAUUAAUAUGUAUGUGUGUGUGUGUCCAUGUGUGUCUAUAUAUACUAUAUAUAUAAAGUAAAAACUAAAAUAUGAACAUGAAAGCUUAUAAGAUCAUAUAUAAGAGAUGAUUUUGGUUAAAUAUUAGUUUGUUGAUUUUAUGAGCAUUGGAAAAGAUUGUAUGAGUAAACGGAAAUACAGUUUAAGUAUGAAUGUUAUGUUUAAAACUUCAGAUGACUCUGCCUGCAACUCUGCAGGUGGAAUUUUAUACCAUUAAAAUCACUGGUGUAAUAAAAGUAGAUAAAUGGUUGCAACUGCUCAGCAAUCAAUUUUGCUUUAUGUAUUUAGAUAACUGAAUAUUCUUGGCAAUAAAAUCAUGAAAUAAAUCUGGAUCAAAAUGU